UAGUAUUAUGUCAACAUGGCUGACUGACAAGUUCGUGGCAUAACAAUGAAAACAUAAUGUAUUUCCCAGUUGGUUGGCCGAAAUAUUUGAAACAAAGAGGAAAUCAUCCACAAGAACCAUGUUACAUAGUCUCAAGCUGCGAUCGCAUGCUUUUUGCAGUCCUGUACGAUGAAAAAAUAAGCAUUUGGUAUUGUAAGCCAUCUGUAGAGAUUGCAAGCUAUACACAAUCAACAAGUGGUCUUGGAACAUUCGGCAGUUACAUCAAAGCAGAAUGGAAACCAGACUCUACUGCCCUGGCAGUUAUGACAAGCAAGGGCUAUAUUGCCCUGUUCAAAGUGGACUUGGAUAUCUCAGUGCCAAACCACCACUGUCUCUAUGUAACCUCAGAGGGAAAGUCUCAGACUCCUCGACGUGAAGCGAAUGGCAUGCUCGAUGGGGAGACAGUGCCCGCAAUCAAACUCACCCUACAGUCCUAUGUUCAUCUCACAGGCACAAUCACUUGCUGCCUGUGUAUACGUGAAGAUUUGGCAGUAGCGACUGCUGAUGGCUCUCUCACCCGACUGCGCUGGACUGGGCAGAAAAACGAGAAGGCUUCAUUCCAUCUGCAAGACCUGGCUGUUGCAACAGAUUUCUUGCAAUCAAGAGGACAUAAGCUGACCUCCGAAGAUGGAUAUGUGGCCCAGAUGGAAUACAGUCCCAUUAUUGGUGGUUAUUGUAUGGUGCUAACAUCUGGAAAAGCAGUGCUGCUCAUGUCUUCAUCUAUACGAGAGGAGAGGGAAACUGUUGGUGUGUGGGCAGCAGAGAUGAAAGAUGCUGUGUGUCUUGCUGUCAAUCACAGAUACAGGCUUAUAGCUUAUGGCUGCCAAAGUUCUUGUGGUGUUGUGUACACAUUGAACGAAGUAGAAGGGACACUGCAGGCAACUCAUAGGCUACAGGUCACUUGUAAAAACUUCCCAGAAAUGAACCACACGGUGGGUCCUGUAGCAUGUCUCAAGUGGACCCCUGAUGGGACAGCUCUUGCCAUGGUCUGGCAACAGGGGGGUUUCUCACUAUGGAGCGUGUUUGGAUCUCUACUUAUCUGUACUGUUGGUGGGGAUUUCUGUGUCACCAAAGAAUAUCCAAAGCUUUUUCCUCCAUCUGUUAAGUCAAUGGAGUGGGGAUUAGAAGGGUAUCACCUGUGGAUGAUAGGCACCCAGUCUACUGCAGAGGAGACCAGUCAGUUUGAGAACGUGAACCAGUCACAUCUCAUACAGCUCCAGUUCGUCAAGAGCUCGCUCACUGUCAACCCUUGCAUGACCAACCACGAGCAUGUUUUCCUGCAAGGUGAGGACAAGCUGUACCUGAACACAGGGGACAUCACGUCGAGGUCUAGUCAGUACACGGGCUUAGAGUCUAACAUACUGGUUGGCAGUAAACUCUGGCAGAUUAUCCCUAUCUCACACAGCUAUCUAGCAAAUAACUGGCCAAUCAGGUACACCUGUAUAGACAAGGGAGGGCAGUGUGUUGCUGUGGCAGGCAAGACGGGGCUCGCUCACUAUGCUCUGUUCAACAGGAAAUGGAAACUCUUUGGUAAUGAAACGCAGGAACGCGACAUGGUUGUGUCAGGAGGUAUGGCUUGGUGGAAGGACUUCAUUUGUGUAGCCUGCUACAACAUCAUUGGCCAGAGAGACGAGAUUCGUUGUUAUACCCGAGGCACCAAGCUGGAUAAUACAUUUGCGAACAUUCAGAAAGUGCCGUCACAAGUGUUGUUACUGAACAUAUUUAAAGACACGUUGUUAUUGUUUUGUGUUGAUUCUCAUGUGAUGGUGUUUACGUUGGAAAGGAAAAAUACUCAGCCAAAUGCCACAUUGGAGUUGUGUAAAGUACAGGAGGUGCCUCUUAACAGCUACAUCCCGCACCCAGUCUGCGUGUCGGGCGUUCUACUUACCUCUCUAAAGAUGGACAUAGGGCCAUUAGCGGGUCAGCACAAAGCAGCGCAGAGUCCGAAGGAGACGGAGAGCCUACUUGUCAAUGUGGCAGGAAAGCUGCUCGUGUUCCAGAGGGAUCGUAGCGGACCUCAGAUCUUAGAAAAGUCAGCUCCACACAAACAAAAACAGCUGCCAUUCAGUUCGCCGUCAGUGGUGGCAACAAACGUUGAGAACAUGUGGACCACAGGGCGUACCAAUCACUGCAAGCUGCAGUUAACGGAGGCUUUAUGGUUGAGUUGUGGUGCACAUGGCAUGAAGGUGUGGCUGCCUUUGUUUCCUAGGAACGAUAGUCAGGCUCAUAACUUCAUGUCCAAGCGCAUCAUGCUGCCAUUUAGAGUGGAUAUUUAUCCUCUUGUCGUGUUAUUUGAAGAAGCUGUGAUAUUGGGAGUUGCUAGCGACUCCCUAACUUUCAAGUACAGUUCCACCCCAACACAGACCUGCUUGCAUUCUGCAACAAACUUGCAUGAUAUACCAUAUUGUUCACUAGAAAGAACUAGUCAAAUAUACCUCCAUCAUAUUUUAAAACAGCUUUUAAAAAGAAAUCUGGGUGUACAGGCGCUAGAGCUGGCCAGGUGCUGUUCAGAGCUGUCCUAUUUCCCACACGUGCUGGAGCUAUUGCUGCACGAGGUGCUGGAGACAGAGGCUACCUCCAAGGAGCCUAUACCAGAUCCUCUGUUGCCAAGGGUUGUAGCCUUCAUAGAGGAGUUUCCUGAAUCAUUACAAACGUUUGUGCACUGUGCACGUAAAACAGAGGUGGCACUCUGGCCACAUUUAUUCCAAACUGUUGGUAACCCCAAGGACUUGUUUGAGGAGUGCCUUAUCAACGGUCGUCUGGAGACAGCUGCAUCUUACCUGAUCAUUCUUCAGAACCUGGAAAAACCCAUAGCCAGCCGACAGCACGGGACCCUUCUCCUGGACUCGGCAGUGGAAAACAAGCACUGGGAUCUAGCCCAGGACAUCGUACGCUUCUUGAAGUCCAUCGACCCCCGGGACGCAGAUACCUCUCUGCCACUGGCCUUCCACCCCAUCAGCCCAACGACCUACGCGAGCAACGCAUCAGUGUUGCCUAUUGAGCGCGAGUCUUUCAACUUCAGCAGCGUCAGCAAUGUAAGUCGGCUACGCAGUGCGAGCGUGACCGCUGAGCCGGUGGUGCGGGAGGUCAGUGUGGAGAACAUGAAGCGGAAACUCACGCAUACUGUGUCUGACAAUCAGAUGAGUUUGAGAAAGAUGCCUGUUGGGAAACAGCCAAGCAUCACAGAAUCCUCGACAGACCAGGCACACAUUGACACCAUUCUCUGUCGGCACGCUCGACGCCUUCUCUCCACCAAUCGCAUCAGAGAUCUUGGAUACUUUGCAGCAAAUAUCAGAGACUUUGGAUUUGUGGCCUGGCUAAAGAAGGAGAGGUUGCGAGGUGCAAAAGUGACUGACUUUGUUAGCGCAAUGCGAGACCUGCAUCACCAGUUUGAGUGGCCCCUACCCAUCUUGUCUUUCAGUGCAUUUCAAAAUCUCAAACGGAAAGCAUUCUCCUCAUCUAGUCUGGCAUCCCUUACUCUGUUUGACAUGGACAUCAACCAGGGAACCUGUCUUAGUGCGACAACUCUGGUCCCACAGCAUGUUGGCAUGGGAACCAGUCAAAACACCUUGCACAAAGUGGACAGCUUCCUGUCUAAUGGGAACUCUGAUGAGAUUAUUCUGAAGCCUCAAAACUUGAGAACUGAAGACAGCAGUCUUGCGACUCUGGAGAUCUCGGACUCGAGUUCUCAGUUUGGGGACUUUGACAUGCUUGGCGAGUCCAGCAGCAGUCUUGACAGUUUGUCUCCGGAGCUAGAGCUGCUCUCGCAGGAGAUCAUUUCUAAGGGACCACUGCAGUCAGAGAACGAACUGCGGUACUUAUUUCAAAUCAUGCUGGAGGCAGAAUGCCUAGAGUGGGCGAUACUCAUUGCCAUGGUGCUGCGGGACAGCCUGGGCGUUAUACGCGCUGUCAACACAGCCAGCAUGGUUGACACUCCUCUUGAGGUCGUGGGCCGCAUGAGGGAGGGGCUCUCCUACUUAGAGCUCUGGUCAGAUACCGAAUGUGUUGGCUACAAACCGUUCCUACACGCCAUCAGGGGCCAGAUACAGAUUCUAAACAAGAUCGCAGAGGAUGCCCCUCCUGCUCUAAAAUUGGUGACUGACCUUGACACAACCCCUGGGUCGGUAGAGGAGGGGAACCUGUCUCCCUCGGCGAUGACAAUGAGAGGGGAACCGGCUGACUCGCCACAUGACUCUCCCACUGAAAAAUUGGACCCUCCCAAGCAAAAUGAAUGUGCUGUGUCAUGACACAUGACACUCUCAAAGGACUGGUUAUGAGAAACAUGCAGGGUGUUUCUGUCAUAAGCAAUUGUGUAUUCUGCCAAUGAAACUUUUGUGUGAUUGUGCUGGUGGAAAUUUAAAAAAAUAAUGCGACUUCUCAUAAGCUAUUUUAAAAAUUUGCUUUUGACUAAAUAUCAAAAUGUGAAAUAGGAGCACUUGUGUAAUUUUAAAAUAGUAUGGAUUUUGAUCGCACAGGACAUGAAGAUACAAGUUUAAAUUGAGAAAAAUGUGAACAAGUUCCAUUGCAACAGUGGUAUUGGUCUGAAGCUCUCAGCUUUAUACUCAACAAAUGGGUCAUUUGUUUAUUGCAAUGCAAAUAUGAAAUUUUGCUUUCAAGAAAAAGUUUUUUCCUCGAAAUAUGAUUCUUGAUAAUUAUGUUAUUAAGAGCUGUGUAGGACGUGUAUAAAUCAUUGUGUUCAGUAUUUAUACUGAUAACUUAUUCAGUAUUGAAUUGUUGAUGACCCAUGUGUGAUUGUUGAAUAUUAAAUUUGAGGCGGUCAGGGUAAUUCAAAAUACGUUUGACCCUGCGUUAUAAUUUAUUAUAACUUGUUAGACAUGUACAAUAAGCCAGUAAUGAGAGUGUGCGAAAAAGGAAUAAGUGCGUCACGUAAUACAAGCUUAGCUGAAAGGAUGUGUCAAAUAAAAAUGUUGUGAAAGAUUUUUAGAUUGUUACAAAUUAUAUUUUAUAUAUAUGAAAAUUUGUUACAGCGUUGUUGUGUGUACAUUACCAUUGUUCAUCAAAAGCAUUCUAAAUGUAGUUUAUUUUGUAAUGACAUCAAAUAUUUAAUGAUAAAAUAUUACACCGUCUACAACAUUAUCUAAUAUUUAUGGUUCAGGGGUCGUAAUCUUAGUUUGUUUUUUUUCAAAACAGAUAAAAUGUUGAUGAAUACAAAAAUAGAAUAAAAGAUUAGAUUAAGUGCCAUCAGAAAAUCAGCAAAAUAAAGAGUUUUAUUUCACCGAAAAUAAUUGUCUUUUGUACAGCACAAACUCAUUAUUGCACAAAAGACAUGAACACUAUUCUUUACAGAAUUGUUCAUAUGACACAUAUACAAAUUAGUUUGAUUUACAAAAAUACAAUGAAAUAUUUUAGCAUUAUUGGCAUAAAUUCGGUUGUUGUGAUUUUCAUUGAAUUAAACGAAUAAUUUAAUAAUGGUAUCAUAAUAAUUAGAUUUAUUUAAUAUAACAUUAAUUUUUAUGUAUGACUUCAAGACUAUGAAAAUAAAAUGUUGACAUUAACAUCGUAUAUACUUGUUUUAUGUAUACAAAUACGGCAGUCCAUUUUUGUUUGUUUGGGCAAAUAAUGAUGAUGAUAAAAGCACUAAGUACACAGUAUAUUAAAGCCAGUAACUGGAGAAUGGCUGUAAAAACUUUUUACAACCAAUAACAACACAAGUUAUGCAACGAGGCUGGAAAUCACUCUUUAUAAACCUAGAUAUAGACAGCUCAAAGCUCUGUAAACUUAAAUUUUAGUGCUUUUAUUGUUUAUAUUAGCCAAAAUAAAGCGAAAAUAGAAGGUAUAGACAUAACUCAAAUUUAACUGAUUGCCAAGAUAUGACAGAAAUUGUUAAAAAUGUGCACACAAAAAAGCAAAACUUUAGCAAUUGCUUUGACUAGGCAAAUGACAUAGGUAGAAAGUGUGAUUAAACACGUCAGUGAAACUUGUGUGUUUGUGUUUUAAAGUGUAAUGAAAAUGUGAUACAAUGAAUACAGUUGUUAUAAUGAAGUCAUUACUCUACAUUAUUAUUAGUUUGGGCAUUAUGAGGACUGUCUCCAUUAUUUUGUUAAUGGACUGGGACAACAUAUGCAUUUGACAAUUUGUCCAAUCUGUCAAUAUAUUAUGUUCGUGCAAAUGCCCAGUUAUGAUUUUAAGACUAGAGUUACAUAUUUACAGACUUAAUUAUCUGUGUUCAUAUAUGCUAUGUAUUUUUAAUAUGGUAAAUAAAGUGAACUAUAUGUAUUUUUUUAUAGAGUAUUUUAAUGUGAAAAAAUAAUUUCUUGUAGGUCCAUUGCCUGGCACUUCUUUUUCUUUUAAUUUGUUUACAAUUAGUGCAAAUUUUUUAAAGUCGUCUUUGCAUUCUGUGCUAUUACUGCAGAAAGGUCUGUUAUAUAAAUUGUACCUAUAUUUGAUUUGUUUAGCAAGGUUACCAGAGCUUUAAAUUUCUUUAACAUCGAAAUGUAUAAUGUUUAAAGUGAAUAAACAAGCCAACAAUAAAAAUGGAAACCAAAACAAUUUUUUUUAAAUGUAUGCUAUUUUUCAUAGCUUAACUUCAUGCAAAUAAUUGUUAUAUAUUACAUUAUAAAUUUAAUGCAUAUAUUGUGUCAUAAUCAAUAACUUUCAAUAGCAUUCAGCAAAGUAAAGUAUCCGUAUUCACUUGAUGUAAAACAUCAAUUUAUUGCACUAUUUGCAAUAGUGAAGCCCCAAGAAAUGUAGCUGGACUUUAAAUUGUUGUUUGAACUCACUUGAUCAUUAUCAAAUAUCAAUUGUUGCCUGCUCAACCCAGCCCCUCCCCUUCCAUGCAUUCAAAUAAAGGAAUUUUAACAUGCUGGUUAGCUGUGUCAGAAGGGCAUUGGACUACAAAUGUUAUGAUUGCUGUAUCCAUCCCUGCCUGUCCAGGGAAGGACACUGGACUACAAGUCUUUUGAUUGCUGUAUCCAUCUCUGCCUGUCCUGGGAAGGGCACUGGACUACAAGUCUUUUGAUUGCUGUAUCCAUUCUUGCCUGUCCAGGGAAGGGCACUGGACUGCAAGUCUUUUGAUUGCUUAAUCCAUCCCUGCCUGUCCAGGAAGGGCACUGGACUACAAGUCUUUUGAUUGCUGUAUCCAUCCCUGCCUGUCCAGGGAAGGGCACUGGACUAUAAGUCUUUUGAUUGCUGUAUCCAUCCCUGCCUGUCCAGGGAAGGGCACUGGACUACAAGUCUUUUGAUUGCUGUAUCCAUUCUUGCCUGUCCAGGGAAGGGCACUGGACUACAAGUCUUUUGAUUGCUGUAUCCAUCCCUGCCUGUCCAGGGAAGGGCACUGGACUACAAGUCUUUUGAUUGCUGUAUCCAUUCUUGCCUGUCCAGGGAAGGGCACUGGACUACAAGUCUUUUGAUUGCUGUAUCCAUCCCCGGCCUGUCCAGGGAAGGGCACUGGACUACAAGUCUUUUGAUUGCUGUAUCCAUCUCUGCCUGUCCAGGGAAGGGCACUGGACUAUAAGUCUUUUGAUUGCUGUAUCCAUCCCUGCCUGUCCAGGGAAGGGCACUGGACUACAAGUGUUUUGAUUGCUGUAUCCAUUCUUGCCUGUCCAGGGAAGGGCACUGGACUACAAGUCUUUUGAUUGCUGUAUCCAUCCCUGCCUGUCCAGGGAAGGGCACUGGACUACAAGUCUUUUGAUUGCUGUAUCCAUUCUUGCCUGUCCAGGGAAGGGCACUGGACUACAAGUCUUUUGAUUGCUGUAUCCAUCCCCGGCCUGUCCAGGGAAGGGCACUGGACUACAAGUCUUUUGGUUGCUGUAUCCAUCUCUGCCUGUCCAGGGAAGGGCACUGGACUACAAGUCUUUGAUUGCUGUAUCCAUCCCUGCCUGUCCUGGGAAGGGCACUGGACUACAAGUCUUUUGAUUGCUGUAUCCAUCCCUGCCUGUCCUGGGAAGGGCACUGGACUACAAGUCUUUUGAUUGCUGUAUCCAUCUCUGCCUGUCCUGGGAAGGGCACUGGACUACAAGUCUUUUUAUUGCUGUAUCCAUUCUUGCCUGUCCAGGGAAGGGCACUGGACUACAAGUCUUUUGAUUGCUGUAUCCAUCCCUGCCUGUCCAGGGAAGGGCACUGGACUACAAGUCUUUUGAUUGCUGUAUCCAUCCCUGCCUGUCCAGGGAAGGGCACUGGACUAUAAGUCUUUUGAUUGCUGUAUCCAUCCCUGCCUGUCCAGGGAAGGGCACUGGACUACAAGUCGUUUGAUUGCUGUAUCCAUUCUUGCCUGUCCAGGGAAGGGCACUGGACUACAAGUCUUUUGAUUGCUGUAUCCAUCCCUGCCUGUCCAGGGAAGGGCACUGGACUACAAGUCUUUUGAUUGCUGUAUCCAUUCUUGCCUGUCCAGGGAAGGGCACUGGACUACAAGUCUUUUGAUUGCUGUAUCCAUCCCCGGCCUGUCCAGGGAAGGGCACUGGACUACAAGUCUUUUGAUUGCUGUAUCCAUCCCUGCCUGUCCAGAUAACUGGUUCUGGUAUAAAUAAUGCAUGUACAUGUAUUGUCCCCUACUGGUGAAAACAGAGGGAACUUGUGGUUUGCGCUCUGUGCAUCAGUCAGUCACACUUUUCUGGAUCCUACAAUAACUUUAAAAGUUCUUCAUAUUUUUUCAUUAAACUUGAAACAUGUCAUUUCAUUUUGUUAAGAAUUAUAGUUGCCACGGCAACAAAUAGACUAGAAACAUUAAUAAAUAGACUAGAAAUAUUGCUGAAAAUAGUGGAUCCUGCGUUAACUUUAAAUGUUCUUUAUAUUUUUUUAUGAAACUAGAAACAUUAAUAGAUGGCAAUAUUGAGAUUAUGCACCUCAUUUCAUUUUGAUCCUACGUCAAGAAUUCUGGUUGUUAUGGCAACAAAUAGACUAGAAAUAUUGCUGAAAAUGGUGGAGUUUCACUGGUAGGGGACUUAUAUAGCUUGGCAAUAGUCUUGUUUAUAUGGCCAUCUUUACCGUAUCACUGAUGCAAAUAGGGUAGUGGUCAGUCUAUGGUUGGCAAUAGUGUGUGCACUCUGUACAGGUAAACCAGCUUAACCUGGGAAAUUGUGUCGGUUAACAGACGGCUGUUAUAUUACUUAAGUUCUGUUGAAAACUGAAUAAAAUCCAAAUUUACUAACAAGGAAGCAAGUGAUGGACUUUCAAAUGCAUUUUCUUUCUGUAAUAUUAUUGUUAGUAUCAACAGUUUGAUAGUGAAUUGAGUGUGAGAAAACAAAUGUAGCCAUCAUCAAAAUGUUAUUAAGUGUUAAACCCCACACCAGUUUUACUUUCAGCCCUCACUAUGUUAAUUUGUUUCAACAUUUGAAAGACAUAUUAUAAAAUAUUAAAAUAUUGAAUAAUGUUUGUAGCCUCACGGAGUGCAGAGCAUAAAGCAUUGCAUUUGUUAUUCCACAAAAGUAUUUUGAGGCAUUAAGCAUAUCGCUCGCGAUUGCAAUCGUUUUCCCCAUGGAGUGGCUGGCAUUAAGCAUUGCAAUCUUUAAACCCCACAGAAUGGGAGGCAUUAAGUAUUUCACUAGUUUGUCUGUACAUACAUACAUCCGGAAGAUUGUGUUUUCAACUCCUCUAUAAGUACAGGUUGUAACUAGUGAUAACUUUUACCUGAAGAUAAUCAAACGACAAGCAUUGUGGCAGCUGUGAGUUGUUGCUGAAUUAUGCCUCUUAGUCUAUUUGAACCCUUUACCACUUAGAUACGUAAUUUUAAGCAUUUGUAGUCCAUUAGAAAGUUAAAUAUUACUUAAGACCUUUUUUUACUAGAUUCAAGUUUUAAAGGCUUCAUUUCCAACCCUUAGAUACUGAUGAGCAGCAAACAGCAUAAAACCUGAACAGACUGCGAGUUACUGGCAGGCUGUUCUGGUUUUAUGCUGUUUGCACAUAGCCAUUUUCACUUUUGUUCUGAGUGGGAAAGGAUUAAUUCCUCUUUUACUUCUCUGUGUACCUCACUGAGACUUUCACAGUUGUAUACCCUUAAUGUGUAGAGGAAUGUAAAGAAAUGAAUUCUGAUUGUUACAAGUUUUGGUAGAAAUUUUUACCUUUUUUCCACUGCAGGAUAUAUAUAGUCCCCCAAUUUUUAAACUGCUCUAUAAUACUAGGUGGAUCUCGCUUAAUCUUUAACAGCUUUACAAACUAAUUUUGUGGAUGAAGUUAUUGCAAUAUACUAACUUUGUGGAUGAAGGUUAGUGUAAUAAACUAACUUUGUGGAUGAUGAUUAGCGUGCACAUGAGUGGCUGCUGCCAGUUUGGCCUAAUUAUGGCUCUUUGUCUUUGAAGCCAAUUCAGAAUAUAUUUAUAUCAUCGAUGUAUGUAUGUAUGUAUGUGUCUCCAAACAUAUAUUAUUGAGUCUCGGAUCAUUGUCGUGUCUGUGACACAUUUCUCUUUUGUAAUAAAAAUUGAGCAUUGUCUUUGCAAAUGAAAAUCCUUUUUAUUACAAAAUAAAUAUAAAUAUACAAUAUUUUCACAAUUCGUUUAAAUGAUUAUUACAAAAUAGUGUACUGAUGUUUAUAAAAAAUAUAUAGUGCAUACUUAUUGAUGAAACACAGAUUAGUAAUUUUUAGAAGAUUAACUUGCUGCUGAUGUGUCCAUUUAAUAUGUAUUUUUACAAUCUGACUAAUGAAAAUAUUCUUUAUUAAAACUGUUUUCAGGAUGAUUUUAUUUUUUUUAAAUGAUUGAACGGGCAAGCAAAUAAUUUUCUUUUUAUUACAAUAUUGAUGUACUGGAAGCCAUUGAAAUCAACUCUUACAUUUUGUUUGAUUCAUUUAAUGAUGGUCAAAGUAUUGUUUUCCCUUAUGUUACUUUUCUUUUAACAUUUAGUUUGUCAUUUAAAUAAGAAUGGCAAAAAGUUCAACAUUUCUGAGUUAUGUUACACUGUGUUCUUCUUGUAUACUUUUUGUUUACAGUUAAAGUGCGUGCACUAACCCAACCUUGGCUCAUUCAUUGCACACCAUUAGAGGGUCACUUAAAACGUUUGAGAACUAAACACUUAAAAAAAACUUUUCACAUUUUGGUAAAUUGACAAUAUUAAAAAAAAAAAAGAUUUGCAAAUUUUUGUUGUAAUUAUUUUAUUUGCGAGGAAACAGUAAUGCUGAACAUUUACCAUGAUCUAAAAUAUCCAAUACAUGCAUAUUUUGACGAUAUAAAACCCUGUUAAUUAUAAAGCAAUACAAAUGCAAAAUGAUUUUGAGAGUUCUGUUGUUAUCGUUAAAUUUUGACGAUGAUUGCUUAUAAUAUUGCUUAUUAAGUACACAAUCACGGAUGGGCGAGUGGUUUAUGAGCUAGACUUUUACCUUAAGGGUCAGUGGUUCUAGCCCAGUUGUUGUUUACUUUUUUCUUUCUUGAGUUUUAUACUUUUGUUACUGGAACUGUUUAGUUCCAAUAUUUACAGCGAUCAAUUUAAAGCAUUAAAUGACAAACUCCAAUGCAUGCCUAAAUCUGUGAAAAUGUCCCUUCCAUGUCCCAACUGAGAAAAUAUUUGGGAAAAACUUGGCCAGAGUCUGAUGAACAACUGUCUAACCAACCAACAUAUCAACACAUGAAUUGAAAUUGAUUCAAUUAUGAUGAUUGAGCGAGUUUUUAUUGCUUUGUUUCUAUACACGCUUGGAGUUAAUUUUGUAUGUACACAAGCAUGCAUCAAGAAUAUAUAUAUAUAUAUAAAUUAGAUAUUUAAUUUGCAACAAGCUCUUACAAGCAUGAAUAAUGUUUGUCUUACAAACGAAAUAACGUUUUUCACAGAAAUAAAAGAAGUUUUGUUUUAUUAGAACUGAUUAUAUUAUAGCAUGCUGUUGAACUGCACAGUGUUUAUAUUUAUGUAAGAACAGUUUCUUGUAAGACAUGCUCUAUUUUGUUGAUGAGAGCAUAAAGCUAUGAACGAUAUUUUAUGAUCUGGCUACAAAUAUCGCAGUGUGGGUUCAAUAUGUAAAAUUUAUUUUUGCAGCUUUAAUUUGGUUGUAAUAAUGAUUGUGUUUAAGAUAAAUGAUAAUAAGUUCGCCUCAUGCACAUACUACAUGCACGGAAUGCGGUAAAAGCAGGUAAGAAGCAAUAAAAACAUUUAAAAAAUCAGAGACGUACAUAACAUGUUAUCUACGUCUCUGAAAAAAAUGUGCUUCAGCUUAAAAAUCGAUCAACGUUAAAUGUUAAAAGAUUCAGCCGUAGAAAUGUAAUUGCUUUGCAAGUCAUCAUGUUGUUUUAUGAUAGAAUGAUGACGCAGCUUAGACACACAUUAAACCAUUUAUGCCUAGCGUCUAGAAAAAUGCCUUGGCAAAACGCCGUAGACCCAGAUGAGACGCCGCAUGAUGCGGCGUCUCAGCAGGGUCUGCGCUGUUUGCUUAAAGGAAUUUCUGUAAGAAAUAUUCUAAAAAUAGAAAUAAAUAUAUUAGUUAUCCCUAAUUUUGGAAAUAAAAUGAUCCAAUUUAGAAGGAUGGGAAGUCCAUUAUGCAUAAAUGGGUUAAGCAUCUUCUGUUUAAUAUUCAGUGCAACCCGUCUCAGUGGGGUAAAAAUUGAUGUUGUUUUACGAUUUGAAAAACGUUCAUUGUUCACGAAACAUAACAUUUAUUUGUUCAUGCUUUCAUUAAAUUCAAACUACGUAAUUGAAUAAAUAUUCUCUCAAUACACUAACAACGGCAAUCAUUUUAAGCCCGCGUUCUUUUCCUAUUAGACGUCUGCACAGUUUUCAUCCCAAUAAAAUCUCUCUAAAUGCAUUUGCACGCUGCUGGCUUUUUAAUUUGCAAAAUUUUACGAGUGUUUAUCAUGCGAUUAACAUAUGUGAUUCUCAUCUCUUCCGUUGCAUGCUCGUCGUAAUGAUUGCAUCAUUACGUUCUCUCACUAUUUGAAAAGGUUAUUUAAGUUAUGUAGGUUAUGGCUGAUAUUUUCACUUUUGAUAAUGCGUCGAUUUCCUGCCAUCUGUGUGUGCAUUUUGUAAAUGCAUGAUUUGGGCGAAUGUCGACAAGUGCUAUGCAUUUGAAUGUCUUUUAUGUCCCCACAAAGUAAAGCAUUGUACGUUAUUGGUCCUCAGUCUGUGCCGAAUUUUGUGUUUUAGCUCCUCUUUUAACCCUGGGUGGAUCUCGCUCAAACUUUUAGAGUUGAAUGACUAUUGUAGAUGAUGGUAAAUAAAGGAAUUUGGCUGAGGCGAGUUUAUGCAGAAUUUUGGCUCUUUAUAUGUUUUAUAACUGUAUAAUAUAUAGUCACAACAUUAAGGGGUUGUAGUUUCUCUUAAAUUGCUGGAUAGAUUUUGCUGAAACUUUCAGCUCGACCUUUAUGUGUAUAUUUCCGUUAAGAAAGGAAUUUCGGCUUCGACAUGUUUUCGGCUGCGACAAGUUUUUUUGCAGAAGUAUGGCUCUUAGUGUUUGUUUUUUUAAAUGUAGACUAUACGAUGGAAAUGUCUAAACAUGUCUUGUUCGGGCAUAAGUGUCUGUGACACCUUUCUUCGUAUAUACAUGGAGUUUACAUUUGUUAAAACACCUUUAGUUAUAGAUAUAUUAUCACUUGUACAUAAUUUUGUGACUAUUAAAACGUGCAAUU